AUGGAGGAGAACAGGUCAUUUGUGAGUCCUGACUACAAUGACAGUAUCGUAGUAUUGGUGCCUCUACCUUCACUCCCCAGCAAGCAACACAGCACCACUAACACCUCCCAAACCUCCUUCAAGGACCUGAUUGGUUUAUUUUUCAUGGUGAUUCUGAAUGUGCUUGCGCUUGUGGCAAAUACUGCAGUCCUGGUGGCAGUCGUCAAAGCUCCUCACCUCAGGAAGUUUGCGUUUGUGAGUCAUCUCUGUGCAGUAGACCUGUUGUGUGCCGUGGUGUUGAUCCCUCUGGAGAUCCUGGUCAGCUCUCCGUACUUCGCUGGGGUGCUCUUCACAAUUUUGGAGUGUCAGUUGUACAUCUUUGUUAACGCAACCCUCAUUGCUGCCUCCAUCUUCACCAUCACCGUCAUCAGUGUGGAGAGGUACUACUACAUCGUGCACCCCAUGCGCUACGAAGUGAAAAUGACGCUCCGCCUCACCUUUGUUGUCAUGGUGAUGGAGUGGCUAGCUUCACUGGCUCUUGGGUUGUCCACUGUUUUCGGCUGGCACUCCUCCAGUGAUCUCAACACUAUUCAUCCAGCUUACUGCGUACUACACUGGGAGCGAAGUAACCAAAGACAAGUCUUCUCUGUGCUAUUCUGUGUCGUGUGUUUUCUCGUACCAGCGCUGGUCAUUUUCUCAGUCUAUUGUAGUGUUUAUAAAGUGGCAAGAGUCGCUGCCCGCCAUCAUGGACCUCUGCCUUCCUGGACACAAAGCAAGCAAAGAUCUGACUCAAUCAACAGCCAGACCACCAUAAUCACAACACGCACUGCUCCUCUAAGAAUUGUGAGGGAGCGGCCUUUUGGAGGAGGGAAAGCAGCUCUUACUCUUGUGCUCAUAGUGGGACAAUUUCUUAUAUGCUGGCUCCCUUAUUUUGCCUUCCACUUCCAUGCCAGUGUCAGCACAACAUCUAAAAUCCCAGGUGACUUGGAUAAAGCUGUCACCUGGUUGGCAUAUACCUCCUUUGCCAUGAAUCCUUUUUUCUAUGGACUCCUGAACAGACAGAUCAGAGAGGAGCUGUGCAAACUGAGGCGAUGUUAUGCAGGACUCCCCACAGAUUUGGUGUCCAGUCACGAGGGGUCAGGGCACGAGAACUUCCUCCAGUUUCUGCACCGGACGAGUUGCACCAUGGACACUAGAGAGAGCUUCACCGCCUCCAGCCCCCGCAGCACACUGGACCAGACCGGACAAUGCGGGUUUAGGAUACCGGGGCAGAUACCCGAGGAGUUCACAUAG